AUGGACGGCGGCGAGCCCCGAGGCUGGCCGCAGCGCUUCGCAGAGCAGGCGGGCCGGGGGGCCGGCGGGGCCAGGCUGCUGGAGGUGGUGCUCCGCGGGGGCGCGCCCUGGGGCUUCACCUUGAAGGGCGGCAAGGAGCACGGGGAGCCGCUCAUCAUCACCAAGAUAGAAGAAGGUAGCAAAGCUGCAGCCGUGGACAAGUUAUUAGCUGGGGAUGAGAUCAUCAGCAUCAAUGAUAGAGGCCUUUCGGGCUUCAGGCAAGAGGCCAUCUGCUUGGUAAAAGGUUCUCACAAGACCCUAAAGCUGGUAGUGAAAAGAAGGAACGAGACGAGCUGCAGGCCCCACUCAUGGCAUGCCACCAAGUUCACGGACAGUCAUCCUGACCCGGGGGCAGCUCAACUAGUCUCAGUCAACACUUGCACUUCUUGGCACUCCCGAUACCAUAGCAGCUCUUCCUCCCAUGACCUGUCAAGCUCUUGGGACCAGACAAAUCUACAUCGCACUUCCGACCAUUUCAGUUCCCUGGGAAGCAUGGACAGUUUGGGCCAUCCUUCCCAACCUUAUGCCUACAGCCGACUUUCCGCAACGAAAUCCAAUAGCAGCAUCGACCGUCUCAGCCACCAAAACCAGCGGGACUCAGCCUACGGCUCCUUCUCUACCAGCUCCGGCACGCCUGACCACACCCUAUCGAAGGCGGACGCCACCUCGACGGAGAACGUCCUCCACAAAGUGACCCAGUGGGACUCGGCCAGGUCCGGGAGUGGCAAGCCUCCCCAGCCCCUGGGUAACAGCACUCCAAGCGGAGGGGAACGGCUAGCCUCUUGGCCCCCUCCCAUUCCCUGGGAGCUGAGCAAAAGUCCAAGACCGGAUGACAUUCCUGAGCCCAGGUUCUCGGGUUCGGGAAGAUCCAAUUUUGGGCCCGUCUGGUACGUUCCCGAGAAGAACAGGGCGUCCCAUUCCCCGCCGCCCCCUCCUCCGCCCCUCCGGAGUGAUAGCUUCGCUGCUACCAAAGGGCACGAGAAGACCCAGGGUCCAGCCUCCUCAGAGACCACCAGCACCCAGCACUUUAUGGUUCCGACCCGAGCUCAGCCCAGAAACGAAUGGCCUUCUGAAACUGCAGAUCAGCAGCGAAGACUGGUACGAGUGAGUGACAGGAGCGCGGAGAGGAAAAGGUUCGCUCGCUCAACCUACCAGUCUGAUCUCAGUCUGGACCGCAGCUUCCUCUCCUCAGAUGACCCAUGUAGCAGCGAUCCGGGGACCAACCCCAGUCUCCAAGCAUCUCUAUCCAGCACAGAUGUUCGUUUUGCACAACCAGCUUACGGUUUCCAUCACCAGCGCCAGUACAGCGAUGAAAGCACUUUCUUUCACCACCCUCGGAUCUCCGCGGCCCCUAAGGAACUGAGACAGCUGGCCCAUUGUGGUAGCCAGCCCGAGCCCUCUACUGAGCGUUUUUGCGGCCACAGUCCGACCCAAGUCAUACGAUUUGGUGCCGCCCCUCCUGUCGACUUUGCCACUGACCAGAUGUUGGAGAUCACCGGACAGAAUCGCUUUUACUGUGUAGCGACCAAACAGCCAGCUCAGGGAAGUUCUCAGCCACUGCAACUCCAAGACGAAUGUUGGAAGCCUUCAUCAGGAGCUGACACGCCUCUGGCCCCUUAUGAAAACCCCGCCGUACUCACAACAAGCCAAAGAACCAAAUACUCUCUACCUCAACAUUGCGAGCAUUUAGAUAUCUGCGAGAGGAGCAGUUCUGGCCGAGCAGACAGUGGUGGGGAAGGUUGGUCUGGAGGCUUGGGAGACACCCGGCGAGCCAGUCGUGUCGACGAAACUAAUAGGCAGAUCCCGAACGACGAUUUUGAGGGAAACCGCAGAAGUGAUAGCCUCUGUCAGCAAGACUACGCGAGGCCCAGUGGUGCUUCUCCUCAAAGCCGACCUCGCCAUUCAGACUUCAAGUGGGCCGAGGAGGAAAGUGACAAGAUCUCUCCCUGCAAGACACCUAUGUUACACUCCUUAGCUCAAGAAGGAAAAAGCCAGCCCAAACGUUGCCCGGGGGCUAGACCAGACAAACCGCCCCCGUUCGAUGCCCAGGUGGGCAAACAGGCACGAAGGAGCGAUCGGUUUGCAACAGCCCUGAGGAACGAGAUUCAGAUGAGGCGUGCCAAGCUGCAGAAAAGCAAAAGCACAGCUAGCCUGACUGGGGACAGUGAAGCUGAGGAAUGCGGAGAUCCCUGGAAACCAGAGUCUGGGGAUGACUCUUUUCCCGGCACCUACAGGGGCCAUCUGCAGGAGGCCCAGGCCAGAGUCCUCCGAGCCACUUCCUUCCAACGGCGAGACCUAGAGGGUGGCUCCGCCGGGCAUUACCCAUGGUCCUCUGAGCAUGGGCUCGGCAGCUGCAGUUCCUCCUCCUGUCAGCCCCAGGAUCCUGAGGCCAAUUCCCCGCUCCUGGGGGUCGGCCGGUCUAAGCCGCCUGCCUCGGGGAUCGGGCUGCCACCCGUCUACCGCAUCGGAGGCCGGAGGCGCUUCACGGCAGAGCAGAAACUGAGGUCAUACUCCGAGCCGGAGAAGAUCCACAAGGUGGGCAUCUCUGAGGGAUACAGCCCAGGCCGUCGUCAUGACACAUCCGAGGAAACCCUGGCUUCUUUUGCCGAUAGGUGGAAGUUUUUUGAGGAGACCAGUAAGCCCUCCCACCAGAGGCCUGCCCAGAAACCAGCUGCCUCUGGCCCGUCGAAGGAUCCGCCAGUUGGAAAAGUCCACGGGCCCGAGGGAACGGACCAGUGGCAUCAGAAAAGAACCCGGACAGCCUCUUUCGGAGAGAGCUUCAGCUCUGGCAGUAGUCGGGCCCACAAGGUGGAAAAUUGUCAGCAGCCUCAGAGGCUGGGGACCUUCGCAGAAUACCAGGCUUCCUGGAAAGAACAGAGAAAGCCCUUAGAAGCAAGGAGCUCAGGGAGGUACCACUCAGCCGACGACAUCCUGGACGUGGUCCUGGAACAGAAUGAGAAACCCCAAUAUGUGCAUGAACGAUCCAGGUCCUCUCCCUCCACAGAUCACUACAAACAGGAAGCCUCCGCUGGAGUGAGAAGGCAGGCUGAGGAUUUUCGAGAAGAUAGGGAGCCCAUUUCCUCCAAAACCAGGACUGAUGAGGGGAAUUCUGCUUGGAGGCAAGCUGAUGCAGAGCCCCAGAAAGUGAGUCCAGAAGAAGAACGAGAUCGGCUCGAUCAAAAUGUGCUAGGUCACUGGAAGUCUUGUGAAGCAGCUCACCCCAGAGAACCUGCAGCCUCACCCCGAGAGAGUCGGGGAAGGGCUGGGACGCUGCCUAAUGAUUAUAGGUUCUCCAAAGAGAGCGAGAGGGAAGAAGAGCAAACUGGCCAAACACUCCCCCAGACAUUCCCUGAAGCACCAGCAAAGGGCCACAGCCUUUGUCCACCCCAACAGGCCAGAGGCGAGGUCUCCCAUCAGACAGAUCCGACAGCUUUGAACAAGAGACGAGGUCCCGUGCCUCAGAGACCUCCUCCGCCCAAGCUUGACGGGAAUAAAUACAGGCGCCCGGAUGCUUCCACGCCCAGCUGCGGCACCUCUCCGGAAUCUCUGCGGGUAGCUCCCGGCAAGACCUUUCUGCCUUAUUCCCCUGGCCCAGGUGAUGCAGGCGGAGGGCCUCCCCCUCUGUAUCUCAGCCCUGCUACUUUCAUCGAAGACGUAGCCAGCCCGCUGCCACAGGAACCGCGCCAAGACACGACUACUGAGAAUGGUUUCCAGCACUUAGAUGAGGAGAAGUUGUGUCUUAAGCCCGAACCCGUGUUGUCUUCAAAGUUCCAUCAUCGCCACCACCUCCAGAAAGCGGCAAUGGAAAUGUCUAGGUCUCCAUCACCCCAGUUUGCCCCACAAAAACUCACCGAUAAGCCUCCUGUAUUACUCCAGGAUGAAAACCCAACCAGAAUUGAAAGAGUGAUGGAGAACAACACCACCGUGAAAAUGGUCCCCAUUAAGAUCGUCCACUCGGAAAGCCACGCCGAGAAGGAGAGCCGACAGAGUUUGGUGAGCCCCCUGGAGCUUCCCGCCCUGCCCUGUGGCUUGGAGAAAGACCAGAUCAAGACGCUCAGCACUUCUGAGCAAUCCUACUCUCGCUUCUGUGCGUACACCAGGCAGGGAGUGGAGCCAGAGGCGGCCAGUAAAGCCAGGCUCGCUGACUCACAGCCAGCCGAAGCCUCGGCCGCCAACGUGAAAGACGGUGAGGCCUCCACGCCAACUGUCAGCUAUGUGAAGGCCAAGGAGAAGACCUUUGAAGACCUGAAGUCAGAGGAGCUGGCCAGGGAGAUUGUGGGCAAAGAUAAAUCUCUAGCAGACAUUUUGGAUCCCAAUGCGAAAAUCAAAACCACGAUGGACCUGAUGGAAGGGAUCUUCCCUAAAGAUGAACACCUCCUGGAAGAAGCUCAGCAGCGCCGGAAGAUGCUGCCAAAGGUUCCUUCUCCCAGGAUUACAGAGGAAAAGAAAGAAGAGCAGAGCAUACCAUCUGCCAUCUCCCUGACGACCAGUUCUACAUACUACAGCACAUCUGCCCCAAAGGCUGAACUGCUGAUUAAAAUGAAAGAUAUGCAGGAGCAACAGCAGCAGCAGCAGCAGCAAAUUGAGGAGAAUUCCGAAGAUGAACUAGACCAUGACCUAUCAGAGAAGAAGCAGGAACUCAUUGACAGCAUCGGUCGGAAACUGCAGGUGCUGCGGGAAGCCCGGGAGAGCUUAUUGGAGGACAUCCAGGCCAACAGUGCACUGGGUGAUGAGGUGGAGGCUCUGGCGAAAGACGUCUGCAAGCCCAAUGAGUUUGAUAAGUUCCGGAUGUUUAUUGGGGACUUGGACAAAGUGGUGAACCUCCUUCUCUCCCUGUCAGGCCGGCUUGCUCGGGUGGAGAAUGCCCUAAAUAACCUGGAUGAUGGUGCCUCACCUGAAGAACGGCGUACGCUGCUCGAGAAGCAGAAGUUGCUCACGCGGCAGCACGAAGACGCCAAAGAAUUGAAGGAGAAUCUGGACCGCAGGGACCGUAUUGUCUUUGACAUUUUGGCCAACUACUUGAGUGAGGAAAGUCUAGCAGACUAUGAACAUUUUGUCAAGAUGAAAUCAGCCCUCAUCAUAGAGCAACGGGAGCUUGAAGACAAAAUCAAGCUCGGAGAGGAGCAGCUGAAGUGCUUGACCGACAGCCUCCAACCGGAAAAGAUCCCAGAGGUAGUGUGCCUUUUGGCCUCAGGAUAUUCAUUUCACCAGAGCAAUGUAAGAAAAAUCCUGACCCAGUGUGUUUGAAUGUAGUCAAGAAAUGUCUGAUCCUCUACACUCCUUUUCUCCCUUAAACUGUUUCUAAAUUACCACUGUGGUCAUAUCAUUUUCAUUCUAUUUUUUUUCACCUUGUUUUUAGUAAUUAUACAACUGCUGGGUGAAUUUUUUUUAUUUAUUUCUGUAUAAUAAGUACUGUUUUCAUUGAUGAAACAGAAUGAUUCCCAGACUGUAAGGAGAUAAAAGUGGUGCUGAACACUGAUGAAGGUGCAUCAGAGAACUGAUUUCCAACAGACUGUUACUUUUUUCUUCUCAUAGACAUUAGAUUUCAGUCUGAUGGUUUGUUUAUACUUUAAGAGCUUUGUCUCUUCUUCUCAGAAGGAGCAUUUGAGCCAACCUCUUGAACACCUUGACAGUGAGACCACAAGAGACCAGUUGGAGAAGGAAUCACUUUAAGUGUCUUUAUCCUUUCCAUUUCAGUAAAGCGUUUUUUGAACAAGUGGGCUUUUUCUAGAUUGGCUUACAAUCCCAUCAGCAUUUCCUCUUUUCACUAGAGUCAUAAACUGCACUGCAUGAGCUCACGAGGUACCAUUUUCACUCCUAGUACAGCCAAAAUUUCAGCAAUAACUUGUUUUUUUUUCUUUCCCACAAAGCAAUAAGUACCCCCUUGCUUACAGGGGUCCUUACAGUCCUUUUAUUCCUAUGAAGCUCAACUGUGUUUCCCAGCUUGAGGACAUCGUAGACCUCGAUCAACAGCUUCACCCACCUCGGGAUUCACUUUCUGUUCAAAGGCAAGAUGUCAGGCAUGAUGAAGCCAUUGCCCUUGGAACCAGUCUUUCACCAGCACCACCGGCUAAGUCAUUUCAGUGGGAUUCCUUUUCUUUUCUGUUGGGGAGAGUAGCCCUCUGCUUUUAUCUGUGACUUUUUUGUUUUUUAAAGAAACCUAUUGUGGUUGUUGAAAAGUGUAUGUGAAAUGUGAAUAAUAAUAUAAUUUCUACAUGUGUGUGUAUGUGUAUAUGUAUAUAUAUAUAUGUGUGUGUGUGUGUGUGUGUAUUGGAUACUUCAAUUUAAGCUGAUAGAUAGCAGUACUGAGAGUUCUCUCAUAACCUGUUGAUCUCUGCCCCAUAGUGUCUGUUCUCUGUUUAACUGUGCAUUAGAGUUCAUUUGGAAGGGACCUGCAGAUUCCUGAAUCUCAGUAAUGUUAUAAACUUGUACAUAGCUGUUCGGUUGCUUUUUUAAGGAAAAAAAAAAAUCCGGUGCUAAUGUUUUGCCCUUGGCAUCCUUAGGCGAUGGCUGAUUCUUCACCUUAAUGUGAUAUCUCAAUUCUAGACUUCCCUGUAUAUUGAGAUUUUUGUCAGGGUUAUUGGCUGUGUUUAGAUUCAACAGCCCAUAGAGGAGAUGUAUAUGAAUUUCAUGCUUGACACUUAGCAUUACCCUACUGACAAAUCCUACUGCUUGAAUUUAAAGAAAUAAAUUGUGUCUUUCAGUGUC